UUCAGCACCGGCAUGGCUGUGACUGAAGUACUUCUUCUCGCUGCAAUCAUUUUGACAAUCCUAUCUCUAUUAGUCAAGCAUCGGUACGGUUUUUGGCAGCGCCAUGGUGCCCUAUAUCUGCAACCCGAAUUCCCGUUCGGCAAUUUCAAGGAAAUGGGUAAAACCAUACACCCGGCUUUCCUAACGCAACGGAUCUACAACCAAUUCAAGCGCAAGGGACCAUUUGUUGGAUUGUACAUAUUCCUGAAUCCGGUAAUGCUGGUGACCGACUUGCACUUGGCCAAGAAAAUCCUGAUCAAGGACUUCAACUGCUUCCCGAACCGUGGUGUGUAUUUCAACGAGAAGGACGACCCCCUUUCGUCGCACCUGUUUUCGUUGGAGGGUAGCAGAUGGAGAGAUUUGCGAGCCAAAAUCACACCCACGUUCAGCACUGGACGGAUCCGGAUGGCAUUCCCGGCGGUGCUGGAAGUUGCGGGUAGGUUCAUUGAUUACCUGGAAGUGAAUUGUGUCGGGUUGGAUGCGACCGAAAUUCGGGAUUCGAUGGCACGCUUUACGACCGAUGUGAUUGGAAGAUGUGCGUUCGGGUUGGAGUGCAAUAGUUUCCGCGAUCCGGAAAAUGAGUUCCGGAGGAUUGGUAGGAAGCAUUUUGAUACUCCGAGGAAUCAUCCAUUGAAGGUGUUUAUCAUGAAGACGUUCCGAGGUUUGGCGAACUCUAUGGGGAUGAAGCAGAUUCAUGAUGAUGUGUCGGAAUUUUUCAGUGGAGUUGUUAGAGAAACGAUCGAGCACAGAGAGAGGGAGGGCGUUUCCAGGGGUGAUUUUCUGGAUUUAUUAAUCAAGUUGAAGAAUACGGGAAGGUUGGAAGAUUCCGGCGAAGAUAUUGGACAGUUGACCUUCGACGAAAUUGCCGCUCAGGCAUUCAUAUUCUUCACAGCUGGGUUCGAGACCACUUCGAGUACAUUAACGUAUACGCUUUACGAGCUGGCGAGAAACCAAGCUAUUCAGGAGGUAGCCAGAGAGGAUGUUGAAAAAGUUUUGAAGAAGUUUGAUGGAUCCUACAGCUAUGAAUGCUUUCAAAGUAUGACCUAUCUCGAUCAGUGUAUUAACGAAACUCUUCGCAAAUACCCUCCGGUUGUGAACUUGGAACGGGUGGUAGACAGAGACUACAUGCUCGAAGAAUCCGGAAUCAUUCUACCUCAGGGGAUGAAGAUCAUGAUUCCGGCCUACGCCAUCCAUCAUGACCCUGAUGUCUAUGCGAAUCCAAGCCAAUAUGACCCGGAUCGAUUUUGUCCGGAGCAAGCUGGCAACAGAGAUCCCUGUUCGUUCCUGCCGUUUGGAGAAGGACCUAGAAUAUGCAUCGGUUUGCGUUUCGGAAUGCUACAGGCUCGAGUGGGACUUGCAAUGAUCUUGAAGAACUUUCGAAUACUGCCGUGCAGCAAGACUGAGGAUCCCAUCAUCUUCUCUGAACGCGCAUUUGUUCUCACUCCGAUCAACGGGAUGUGGCUCAAGUUAGAGAAAUUGAACUACAGUUUUUCUACCUUCAACCAAAGCCCUUGCUCCGGCGAAAGGAUGAAGCUUUUCGCUGUGAAAUCUAACGGUACGGUUGACUUUUGUCCACUGGUGAAUCGGAAGCUCUUCAACAGCAAGGCCAACCCGAUUCGGGCUUGCAUCAGGCCAAAUCUCAUGCCAACGCAGAUCCUUGGACCUUCUCCGAAUGGAGUCCAAGCAAAGAAAUCCGACAACUCCGGUACAAUCUGCCUCAAUCCUAAAAACCGGGCUAACCCCGGAGCAACCGAACACAGUAUAUCCUUCUUCCUAUUCCUAGGCGCUUCGAAGUGCAUCCGUCCCAUCUGCCGGAACUGCGCGUCCGGAUUGGUCAUAGAAUUGCACUCGAUCCCGAAAGCACACAUUCCUAUAACAUCGGUCUCGCUGAAUUGCUUCCCGGCAGCGAUCAUCGUCGGGUACAUUAUCUUCAUCUUCCCCGAGAUUGAACAGAUGCGCCGACAGGGGAUCAUCCUUCUCGUUGUAGUACGUACCGCGAUCGUGAAAGUACUGGAAAUCCUUCACAAAGAUGCACUUCAGCAGCUCCAAAUCGAUGGCCAAGGCAACCGGUUUGUUAACACUAACCUGCGGUCAGCGAUGGACAUCAUGCAGCAGUUGCUAGCAUUUAUCGCAGUUCUCCUACUUACCUACGGGUUCUAUCGUUUGCGCCGGCAAUUUCGCUUUUGGCCCGACCGCAAUGUGCCAUAUCUAUCGAAUAAAAUUGGAUUCAUGGACAAAUCGAUCCAUCCGGUAGAACAUUUCCGAACAUGGUACACACAGUUCAAGGGCCAAUACCCGCUGAUGGGAAUUAUGAUGAUUGUCAAACCAAUCGCCGUUGUCCUAGACUUGGAACUGAUAAAGUGUAUCUUGGUGAAGGAUUUCCAACAUUUUCAAAACCGUGGAGUGUACUACAACGAGAAAGAUGAUCCCAUUUCGGCACAUCUGUUCAGCUUGGAGGGUGCAAAAUGGCGUAACUUGAGAGCCAAAAUAUCACCAACCUUCACGUCAGGCAAAAUGAAAAUGAUGUACCCAACGAUGGUCGCUGCCGGGAAGCAAUUUAGUGACUAUUUGGACGAGAAAGUGUCCCAGGAAAGCGAACUGGAGAUGAAGGAUUUGCUAUCCAGAUUCACGACGGACACGAUUGGCACGUGUGCGUUCGGAAUUGAGUGUAAUACCAUGAGGGAACCGAACUCGACGUUCCGAGAAAUGGGACGGAAGCACUUUGAAGCACCGAGAAGUGCGUUGAAGGAUGCAUUCAAAAUGAUUAGUCCGAACUUGGCUCGAUUCUUAGGAGUGAAAGAAAUUCGUCCGGAAGUGUCAGAGUUCUUCAUGGGCGUGGUACGGGACACAAUCGACUAUCGCUCGAAGAACGGUGUCCGGAGAAACGACUUUAUGGAUUUAUUGAUCGCUAUGAUGAAUGAUGACUCUUCGGAAUCCGAUCGGAUAACGUUCAACGAAAUCGCAGCUCAAGCGUACGUAUUCUUCAUUGCGGGCUUUGAAACCUCAUCGACAACGAUGACUUGGGCUCUCUAUGAGUUAGCCCUGAAUCAAGAUGUUCAGGAGAAAGGAAGAAGCUGUGUUCGAGAAGUCCUUGAAAAACACAAUGGAGUGAUGAGCUACGAGGCAAUCAUGGAAAUGACGUACAUCGAUCAAAUCAUCAACGAAACCCUCCGCAAAUAUCCUCCCGUGCCGAUACAUUUCAGAACAACCUCUAGCGAAUACCGGGUCCCAGAUACGGACACUCUGCUGCCAGCUGGAACCUUUGUGAUGUUGCCUGUCCACGCAAUCCAACACGAUGCGGAGAUUUUCCCGGAUCCGGAGAAGUUUGACCCGGAUAGGUUCACCGCGGAAGAAGUCAGCAAACGACAUCCAUAUGCGUGGCUUCCAUUUGGUGAAGGGCCUCGCAUCUGUAUUGGAUUGCGCUUCGGGAUGAUGCAGGCCCGUAUCGGAUUAGCACUACUAUUGAAGAGUUUCCGUUUCUCGACUGGACCUAAAUCGACCAUUCCGCUCGAGUUUGAGCCAACGAAUUUCAUCCUUUCUCCCAAGCAGGGUUUGUGGUUGAAGGUGGAGAAAAUAUAG